GGUCCAUACGAUUCGGAAACCAUUCCGGUCGCUUUUCUUCACUUGACCGGCCAAGAUGUUGAGUGCUGUAUCGAAGGCGGCCGCUGGGGCCUUGAGGGCCGUCAAACCUACUCUUCUUCAAAAUGAAACUGCUAAAGUAUCCGGAAUACUAUCCGUAAACAGCAGGGAUUAUGCAAAAGCUGCGAGUGCUAAAAGCGGUGCACAAGGAAAGGUUGUAGCUGUUAUCGGUGCGGUCGUUGAUGUACAAUUCGAUGAUGAUCUGCCACCAAUUCUUAAUGCCUUGGAGGUUCAAAAUCGCACCCCCAGACUAGUCCUUGAAGUAGCUCAGCAUCUUGGAGAGAACACUGUACGCACCAUUGCUAUGGAUGGUACCGAAGGUCUGGUUCGCGGCCAAGUUGUAUUGGAUUCUGGAUACCCUAUCCGUAUUCCCGUUGGUGCCGAGACUUUGGGUCGCAUUAUCAAUGUUAUCGGUGAACCAAUCGACGAGCGUGGUCCUAUCCCUACCGACAAACUUGCCCCCAUCCACGCAGACGCUCCCGAAUUCGUAGAAAUGUCAGUCGAACAGGAGAUUCUGGUAACUGGAAUCAAAGUUGUCGAUCUCCUUGCUCCUUAUGCCAGGGGUGGCAAAAUUGGUUUGUUCGGCGGUGCAGGCGUCGGAAAAACUGUAUUAAUUAUGGAGUUAAUCAACAAUGUAGCCAAGGCUCAUGGUGGUUACUCUGUAUUCGCUGGCGUGGGUGAGCGAACACGCGAGGGUAACGAUUUGUACCAAGAAAUGAUCGAAUCUGGUGUUAUUUCGCUGAAGGAUAAGACCUCCAAAGUAGCUCUGGUAUACGGACAAAUGAACGAACCACCAGGCGCUCGUGCUCGUGUCGCCUUGACUGGUUUAACCGUCGCUGAAUAUUUCCGCGAUCAAGAAGGACAAGACGUAUUGUUGUUCAUCGAUAAUAUCUUCAGGUUUACUCAAGCUGGCUCGGAAGUAUCCGCUUUGCUGGGUCGUAUUCCAUCUGCUGUAGGUUAUCAACCAACCUUGGCAACUGAUAUGGGUAGCAUGCAGGAACGUAUUACGACAACAAAGAAGGGAUCUAUCACUUCCGUGCAGGCUAUUUACGUGCCUGCCGAUGACUUGACCGAUCCUGCUCCUGCAACCACAUUUGCUCACUUGGACGCUACCACUGUAUUGUCUCGAGCUAUUGCUGAGCUUGGUAUCUACCCCGCUGUCGAUCCUCUUGACUCUACUUCCCGUAUUAUGGAUCCCAACAUUAUCGGUGCGGAGCAUUAUAACGUUGCUCGCGGUGUGCAGAAAAUCUUGCAAGAUUAUAAAUCACUUCAAGAUAUUAUUGCUAUCUUGGGUAUGGACGAGUUGUCUGAAGAAGACAAACUCACUGUAGCGCGUGCGCGUAAAAUUCAGAGGUUCUUGUCUCAACCAUUCCAGGUUGCUGAGGUGUUCACUGGCCACGCCGGAAAAUUGGUACCAUUAGAAGAAACAAUUAAAGGAUUCCAAAAGAUUUUAGGUGGCGAAUACGAUCAUCUUCCAGAAGUUGCAUUCUACAUGGUCGGUCCAAUUGAAGAAGUAGUAGCAAAGGCAGAAACGUUGGCCAAGCAAUAAGCCAAUUCACAGUCAUCGUAAUCAUGUCAUUAAUAAAUAAUUAAAACGAUCUUCUAAUAAUACAGGCCUGUUUAUUUUUUAUCUAUUAGAAAUGUUGGCUUUUAUCCGAGAGUAAUAAGUAUCUUUGAACAAAAUUGCAGAAUGGUGAUUAGAAGAUUGUUUUGCUCUUGUUUAAAAAUUCACAAAUGCAUACCAAAUUGUUGAGAACAUCGUGAACAUUAUUAAUCAAAUUUUACAUGAUUUUGUGUAAUUUUGUUCAGGGUGCUCUCGUUAUCCAUAGAUCGAGUCGAUAAGCAUAUUGUUAUCAUUAACAUAUACUCACACAGUAUAGUAUAUGUUAGGAAUUAAUAAAAAUUUUACAAAAACGUA